AAGUAUAGUUUUGGUGCCCUCGGCGCGUUCUGUUUGCGACAGAAACUACCGCCCCCGUGAGCCACUGCGACGUAGCCUGUGGCGGCCUGCGAGCCAAGGGUUAGCGUUGACGGAGAUUGACUGAGAGCGUCGGUUUGGAAAGAAUGAUGCUAUACUGUGCUAUUCCUUUACUGGCACAGUACAGAAGUACAGAUAAUGGAUUCUGAAUUAAUGCACAGUAUAGUAGGAAGCUAUCGUAAACCUCCAGAAAGAGUGUUUGUUCCAUCAAUCGCCCAGAGCGUUGAAUCAUCUCAGACUCACUAUUCUGUGAACUUAGAAGUUACCUCUCCUAAAAUGCUUCGUAGUCCAAAUAGCCAAGCUCUUAUUUUAGCCUUAAAAACUCUUCAGGAAAAGAUUCAUCGUUUAGAGUUAGAGAGAACACAAGCUGAAGAUAACCUGAACAUUCUUUCCAGAGAAGCGGCACAGUAUAAAAAGGCCUUGGAGGAUGAAACAAAGGAAAGAAAUCUGGCACAUGAGGAACUAAUAAAGCAGAAAAAAGAUAUAAGUAUGCAGUUAAGCUCAGCCCAGUCUCACUGUACCCUUCUAGAGAAACAACUAGAAUAUACAAAGAGAAUGGUUCUCAAUGUAGAGCGAGAGAAGAAUAUGAUCCUAGAACAACAGGCCCAGCUUCAAAGGGAAAAAGAACAGGAUCAUAUGAAGCUGCAAGCAAAACUUGAAAAGCUUGAUGUCUUAGAAAAAGAAUGUUUUAAACUUACAACAACUCAGAAAACUGCUGAGGGCAAGAUUAAACAUUUAGAGGAAAAACUAAAGGAAGAAGAACAUCAGCGUAAGCUCUUUCAAGACAAAGCUUCUCAGCUUCAAACUGAACUUGAAAUCAGUAGAAUUUUGAUGUCUUCAGUAUCAAAUCCAAAGCGCUCCAAGGAAAAGAAGAAAUCUUCAAAGAAAACUAAAUGUUUAAAGAGAGGACCACCUCAGCAAAUUUAUUCAAAGUUUGGAUCACUGCCUAUUGUGGCUGAGAAGUCUGCCAGUGCAGGCCAUUCCAGGAAUGCAAGUACCCCAAACCUGCAGACAAUGCAACAUUACAGGCCACAUAUCCUUCAGAAACUGGCUGAAGUUUCUGAACCUAGAUGUCUCUACAAGCCUUCUAAAUCAACUUCUCAAUGUGAAGCUGUACCUUCUGACUCAGAAAAGUCCAUUUCCGUUUGUAACAAUUUGUCUGAACUUUUGAUGGCAAUGCAAGAUGAGCUGGACCAAAUGACUAUGGAGUACCAAGACCUUCUGAAUCAAAUGAAAGAAACUGAAAGCCAAUCAGUCUGUGAAAACAUAGAAUGUGAACUAGAACAUUUAGUCAAGAAAAUGGAAAUUAAAGGAGAACAAAUUUCUAAAUUAAUGAAGCAUCAAGACAAUGUGUCUAGUGCAUAUAUAAACCUGGCUUCUGAAGCAGUACCCCAACGCUAAGACUGCUAUUUCCAGUUUCCCAGAACAAGCUAUGCUGUGUUCCAUUCGCUGGGGACCUGUGCUCAGCUAGCUCUAGAGGGGUGAUGAGGGGGACUCUAUCCUUGUGUGUAAAUUCUUAACAGCUAAGAAUGGCAUAACAGUUUUAAUAUUUUAAUGAAAAAAUCAUGGAAUAUUAUAUUUUAUCCUAAGACAAUGACUCCAUUCUUAGUACGAUUAUGCUACUGGAACAGAAAGCAGAGAAAAUCUUUCCAGGAACCCUCAGGUCAUAUCAUGUAGCUAUCUGCCUAUGGAAUAAUCAGCAUUCAUAUAAGUUGGUGAUAUAUUAACCUCACAAUUAAGCCUUCCCCACUUUUAUAGGAAAGUAAUAAAGAAUGCAGAAUUUUA